AACAGCAACAUGAAGGUCUCCGUGGCUGCCCUCGCCGUUCUCCUCGUCGCUGCCUUCUGCUCGCAGGCCUCCUCUGCCCCAAUUGGCUCCGAUCCCCCGACUGCCUGCUGCUUUACCUACGCAUCCCGGAAGAUCCCACGCGGCUUGGUGGUGGAUUAUUAUGACACCAACAGCAUGUGCUCCCAGACGGCCAUAGUAUUUAUCACCAAGAAGGGCCGUGAAGUCUGUGCUAACCCCAAAGAGGACUGGGUUCAGGAGUACGUGACCCAUCUGGAACUGAACUGA